UAAUUUUAGUCUGAAGUCAUCAGUCAAGUGUAUUCAUACGGACAAGAAGAUGAACGGAAAAUCGGUAUUCGAUAACGUGCUCGCCACCCUCGCAGUUCUGUUCUUGCUCAGCUAUGGCUUCAACGGCAUCGAAGCUUGUUUUCCACGGCACAACUGCACCUGCCCGCCAACAACGACUCCACAACCAACUACAACUACUACUCCCGAAUUGCCACGGCAACCGUUCAUAAUCCAAAGACUGUUAUCACAACCGCAACUGGCACCUACGGUAUCGGCACAGGCUUCUCCUGUAGAGCUUCAAUUUGUUAACGCUGCCCCAAUCCCAGCAGCAGCCCAGUACUCAUUACCAGUGCAUCAGCCAUCAGCAGUACUGACACAGGCUCCUCAUGUAGGGCUUAAAUUUGUUGACUCUGCCCCAACCCCAACAAUAGUAAAGUACUCAUCACCACCUGCUCUGCCAAUGUCAUCCACUUACCAUUUGGAUAUAGCACGAGCUCCAAUUGUCGAAGAGCCACAAUUCUUUAUCCCUGACCAAAGAAGAGAAGUGUACUCUGAAAACAGAUACUUAGAACUAGAGCCUACUACAUCAUCUAACGUUCCUCGUGCAUUAACCGAUACAAAUCCGAUUCCAGCUCCAGUUGCCGUGAAUCGACGUGGGACAUGUAAUAUCUAUUGUUUCCAGUCAUGUUAAUUAUUUUUUUGAUUAAUUUUUGUUUAAACUUAUUUAAUCAAAUAAAAAGCUGCAUAGUCAA